AAUAAAGUUUUGUGUUUGUCGUAGUUCCACUAUUAGAAAAUUUAAAAAUAUUAAAUAAAUAACUAAUUCGUUCUAAUACUAAAUAAAAUAUAAAAAUGCCUCUUCCAGCUGCUUUAGCUGCACGACUCGCAAAACGCGGAAUAAUAAAUAAAAAAAAUGACUUUAAAAAAGAAUCGAAAAAAAAAAUGCAUGAAGAAGUUAUAGCCGAGGAUUAUGACAAUGGCAAGGAUGAAAUGAGUCAAAUUGACAUUGCCCAAAAAUUCAUGGGUUAUAGUGGUUGUCCAAAUAAAUACAAUAUUUAUCAUGAGUGUACAAGAAAGUGUAAGGAAUUGUGGGGUAAAGGACAUAUACAACCAACAGAACGAUAUUUAAAAAGACAAAUGAGAUUGAUUCAAAAACAUCCUUUACCUGAAACAUGGAAAGCAAUCUAUGAUCCUGGAACUGGAAGACAUUAUUAUUGGGAUUGGUCAUCAGAUUUAGUUUCUUGGCUUCCUCCAUCCCAUCCAAAAUGUCAAAUAUCACAACCUGCAAGUCAAUUACGGGAAGAGUUGCAUUUGAAAGAAGCAGAUCAAGAUGACAAUAUAUCCAGUGACGAAAGUGCUAGCGAUGUGGAACAAGGAGAGACCGAAGAACAGGAUACCAAAAAAGAUAAGAAAGAUAGUCAUGAAAGAGACCGGGAUAAAUAUAAAAUUAGUCAAUUUAAACGAUAUCAAAAAUUAGAAAAGAGUAAAGAUCAGAAAAAAGAUCGAACUUUGGAUCCAAUGGACCCUGCUGCAUAUAGUGACAUACCCAGAGGUAAGUGGUCGGAUGGACUUGCUCGACAUAAUGAAGCAAAAACUGGUGCCGAUACAACAGCAGCUGGUCCACUUUAUCAAAUGAGACCAUAUCCGAGUCCCGGUGCAGUGUUACGUUCAAAUAAAUCUAGUAAACCUGAUGUAGAAAAUUCGGGGAAACCAAAAGUCUCAUUUCCAGAAGUUCCAGAGUAGUUAGACUUUUCUUAAUUCAUAAUUUGUACAAAAAAUUGAAUUGAUGAAUAUUUGAA